AAAAGCGACGACCCCGUCCCAGAGCCAAUGGGUGUGAUUUGUGCUGCUGCUUACCUUAUCAUCAUGUUUUUAUUCAUUCCGUUUCCGUUUGCUGAGUGGCUUGGAAGCGAAACUGAGUUUCCACACUCAAAACUGUUGGCGUUUUUAUCUGGGCUGAUCUCCAUCUGUACUGCGAUUCUACUAGGAUUCGCUGAUGAU